CUCCCUCCCUGCGCACCGCUCGUACUCUCGCCACGCCGCCGCCCGGCACUGCAGCACCGCGAGGAGGAGGCGCAGGCGGAGGAGGGGGAGGAGGACCGCAGCGUGCAAGCCCGGAACCACUUUCCCGCCCCUCCUUUCGUCGCUGACACGCUCGGAGGAGUCACCACUCCGCGCGUUGCCGGCGACAGUGGCAGACGGAGGCGGCCCCGGGGAGAGAGCCCGAGCGACGCCCGCGAGGCAGCAGCUGCAGCGCUGACACUACCUAGGGCAGGGGGUCCCAGGCGGCCGGAGCGAUGCCCACUUUUUCAUGCCCAGUGUCUGGGAAACUGCUUGGCCGAGCCUUAUCGCUGCUGAUGGACGUGAGAACGUCAUGAAUGUGCCCAGACAGGAUGCUGUCUCCAGAUGGCCAAACUCUCAGUCCACAAGAUGCCAGAGGUUCUGUUCUGACCCCAGAGUGGAUGAUGCAGUCAGGGCCGAACCACUGAUUGGAGUCUGAAGAAUUCCCAUCUUCGCGUUGGCCAUCGGUUGAGAUAAGAUGCAAGAUUCUUACAAGGAUAGGACUUCAUUGAUGAAGGGCGCCAAGGACAUAGCCCGAGAGGUGAAGAAACAAACAGUAAAGAAGGUGAAUCAGGCAGUGGACCGGGCCCAGGAUGAAUACACGCAGAGGUCCUACAGUCGGUUCCAAGAUGAAGAGGAUGAUGACUGUUCCCCGCCGGGAGAGACCUAUAAUGGGGAGGCCAAUGAUGAUGAAGGCUCCAGUGAAGCUACUGAGGGUCAUGAUGAAGAUGAGGAAAUCUAUGAAGGGGAGUAUCAGGGCAUCCCCCGUAUGAACCAAGGGAAGGACAGCAUUGUGUCAGUGGGGCAGCCCAAGGGGGAUGUGCACAAGGACCGGCAGGAGCUGGAGUCAGAGAGGAAAGCCGAUGAGGAAGAACUAGCCCAGCAGUAUGAGCUGAUAAUCCAAGAGUGUGGUCACGGCCGUUUCCAGUGGGCCCUUUUCUUUGUCCUGGGCAUGGCCCUGAUGGCGGACGGCGUGGAGGUGUUUGUUGUCGGCUUUGUGUUGCCCAGCGCGGAGACAGACCUAUGCAUUCCAAAUUCAGGAUCCGGGUGGCUAGGCAGCAUAGUGUACCUUGGCAUGAUGGCAGGGGCUUUCUUCUGGGGAGGACUGGCAGACAAAGUGGGAAGAAAGCAGUCUCUGCUGAUUUGUAUGUCUAUCAAUGGAUUCUUCGCCUUCCUUUCUUCAUUUGUCCAGGGUUAUGAAUUCUUUCUCUUCUGUCGCUUACUUUCUGGAUUCGGGAUCGGAGGAGCCAUUCCCACGGUGUUCUCCUACUUUGCUGAAGUGCUGGCCCGAGAGAAGCGGGGGGAGCAUCUGAGCUGGCUCUGCAUGUUCUGGAUGGUUGGUGGCAUCUACGCCUCUGCCAUGGCCUGGGCCAUCAUCCCGUAUUAUGGAUGGAGCUUCAGCAUGGGGUCAGCUUACCAGUUUCACAGUUGGCGUGUGUUCGUGAUAGUCUGCGCGCUCCCCUGUGUCUCCUCGGUGGUGGCCCUCACAUUCAUGCCUGAAAGCCCACGGUUCUUGCUGGAGGUUGGAAAACAUGAUGAAGCGUGGAUGAUCCUGAAGUUAAUUCAUGACACAAACAUGAGAGCACGGGGUCAGCCUGAGAAAGUCUUCUCGGUCCACAGAAUCAAAACCCCCAAACAAAUAGAUGAGCUGAUUGAAAUUGAGAAUGACACACACACGUGGUACAGAAGGUGUUUUGUCCGGAUCCGCACGGAACUCUAUGGAAUUUGGUUGACUUUCAUGAGAUGUUUCAACUACCCCGUCAGGGAAAAUACGAUAAAACUUACAAUUGUUUGGUUCACCCUGUCCUUUGGGUACUAUGGAUUAUCUGUGUGGUUCCCUGAUGUCAUUAAACAUCUGCAGGUGAACAUGUUGCCCAUUGAAAAGAUCGAGAGAGAGAAAUUUUCAAAUUUCAGUGUUAACUUUACAAUGGCAAAUCAGUUGCACACGGGAGCGGAAUACGACAAUGGCAGAUUUCUAGGGAUGAAGUUCAAAUCUGUAACUUUCAAAGAUUCACUUUUUAAGGCCUGCCUCUUUGAGGAUGUGACUUCAGUCAACACCUACUUCAAGAACUGCACAUUUAUUGACACUGUUUUUGACAACACAGAUUUUGAGCCAUAUAAAUUCACUGAUAGCGAAUUUCAAAACUGCUCAUUUUUUCGCAACAAGACGGGAUGCCAGAUUACCUUUGAUGAUGACUAUAGUGCCUACUGGAUUUAUUUUGUCAACUUCCUGGGGACAUUGGCCGUGUUGCCAGGGAACAUCGUGUCUGCUCUCCUGAUGGACAGAAUUGGGCGCUUAACGAUGCUAGGUGGCUCGAUGGUGCUUUCGGGGAUCAGCUGUUUCUUCCUCUGGUUGGGCAGCAGUGAGUCCAUGAUGGUAGGCGUGCUGUGUCUGUAUAAUGGAUUGACCAUCUCGGCCUGGAACUCUCUGGAUGUGAUCACUGUGGAACUGUACCCCACAGACCGCAGGGCGACAGGUUUUGGCUUCUUGAAUGCCCUAUGCAAAGCAGCGGCCGUCCUUGGAAACUUAAUAUUCGGCUCUCUGGUCAGCUUCACCAAAUCGAUCCCCAUCCUGCUGGCCUCCACUGUGCUGGUGUGUGGAGGACUGGUGGGCUUGCGCCUGCCCGACACACGAACCCAGGUCCUGAUGUAAUGGGGAACAAGCCAUCCGUAAUACUGCAUUUCUUUCUCCUGCCCUGUGUCGACCCUCCGGACUGACUCAAGGCUUCAGAUUUUUUUUUUUUUUUUCAGAUCUCAAAAGGUGGUAAAAUAGCAGAACACUAACUCUUGCCGUGACUGAAAUGUAGAUGCAUACCAUCCUGCCCCUUAGAUGUGAGUGUGCAGUGUUUUCCAGGCCUUGUUUCCCUUCCGAACUGGGAUGCUCCCAGCUCCCAACAGUCAGUCAGUGGAAGCGUUGUUGAAGUGUCCUCGGCAGCCGGGCCUCCCUGAGAUCCUGCUCCCUGAAGGUUGAGGAGCCUAUGCUGCCCUAAGAAAUAGAUACUGCUUCUGACUUCACAUUCACGGGAAAUACAAGUUGGCAUAUUAUUGCAUUGGUGCUGAGGAGAGGGAUUCUUCUUUUUUUUUUUUUUUUCAAACAGAGUGAUAUUUCCUGUUUACUUAGAAAAGGACACCCAGCUGAAUUCUUGCUGUUACAGCAGGGCCUUUCAAAGAAAACCAUGUGUCACCAAACGGAGCUGGGUGGGGCUCUUUUGAGGCCUGACAGGGAAGGUGGCUUUGCUAACAAGACGGAGAAAGGCUCUGCCCUGCGCAGCAAAGAUCUGAGUGAACGGCAUACACCAGCUUUCUGCCCAGUUCCAGUCCUGAAAAAUCUGAGGAGGGAGUCGCGCUGGUGUCUGUGAUGGUGGCCUGGGGGCCAGAAUGUUAGAAGAUCAGAGAUCAGAGACAGAUCUUCUGCCUCUGUUUACCCCCGUCUCCUCCCCGCCCCCACCCCAGCUACCCUUGAUCUUGCCAGGGAGCAGAUUCCAAGAGAGAGAGCCACUUUCCGAACCCUGGGUCUGCCUGCCUCAUUCUGCCCUUCAUCCAAACUGUGUUCAGUCUAGAGAUGGUCGGUCGUCUCCGUUGUUGUAAGUUGCAAAUGAGGAAGAAGUCCACCCUCUAGAGGCGUUUGGAAAGGCAAAAUGCUGCCUUGAGGGUACCACCUUUCUGAGGGACGGCGCCCCCGCACCCUUGACACUGGGCUUUCUAGCUGGUAGCGCUGAAGUGGGUCUUCUUCCUCUAGCUUCCACUAGUCCUUGUGCUCCCGGCUGCCAGCUCUUGAGUGGAACCCCAGCCGGCUUAGUCCAAGCAAGGGGCCCUCUGGCGGACAAGGUGGUUUGGGGCUGCUUGCUUUACCUCUGGAAUCCUCCUGGCCCUGGAAGACAGGUCAGCAGGACAUUCCCAUGGGCUGUCAGCUCUGCGACCUUCUCACCCCUCAGGCCUGCCCCUCCUCCAGGCUCAUCCUUUUUAUUCAUCUUCUUUGAAAUCUGAAGCCUCCUUAUAGACUUGCAGCAGUGACCAGCAGCCAGGAAUAAAUCCCAUAUUAAAACAGUAUUCCUGUUUUUAACUCUGUCUUGUCAAAGGGUUAUCCUUGUUACUUAUUAUAGCAUUUCCAGCAGGCUGCAGCCCCGGGUCCCCGGGAAGGGAGAGCCUUUGUUUCCAAUAGCCAUUCCCUUCAAAGCCCCAUCCUGACCCCAAAGGCCCUCUGCCUCCUUCUCCCCUUCCUAAUGGUGCUCCUGGAGCUCCAGAGUGCAGAGUUCUGACUCUGUGAAACAUUUCUUGCAUGAACAUAGCCAUGAAUCGAUCACCCCUUGAAGUCAUUCAGGUCUGUAAAGGGGGCAGCCUGGUGUUGGAGGCUGGCAGGAAGAGGGUGGUUCCCUGGGGAGGUCAGCCCAGGGCCAGAACAUCAGCAAAACGCCAACCCCAAACUGCAAAGGUGGCAGAAAGAGGGAGAAUCAGACAAGACUAGAUGAGAUCUCUUGGGCUGAUGCCAGCAAAGCAGGGAAAGAAACGGAACCGCCUCUCACUUCUGCCUCUGUAAUAUUCCUGGAGAACAAAGCUAGCAUUCACACAACCCGGGAAGGUAGCCUGUAUAUUAUUCUUCCACGUGGAUUCAUUUCCCUACCUACCUACCCCUUGAUUCAUCUUCUUCAAAAAGGCGCAUGUGAGGACCCGAGCAGGGCUGUUUUAGUUGAACACAGCAUGUACAAUCACAACUACCAAAGUAAGAUGUGUUUGUUCAUCAGCCCAUUCAGAAGCAAGAGAAAUGUGCAUGGAUGUCAUUGUCUCUAGUCUUCUUAGCUUUCUGAAAGUUAAGAUGGUCCGGUAAGCAAAGUCCACUAUCAUAAAUGUCUCACAUGUCUGUUGUAGCACUAAAUGUACAAAGUCUCCCAAGCUGCAGAGCUUAGCAGAUGCAGAGUUUUAUUUGAACAUUGGCUGGGUCAGAAUGAGAUUAAAUGAGCAGAACCCCACUUUGUGAGACCUGACACCAUACAUCCCCUUCACAAGGGCCUUUCUUGGCCUUCCCGUCACUUGAUCCAAGCCUCGCAGGUGGCCCAAGAGGGAUCUAUUCUAAUCUCCUGGACAGUCUGUGGUCACAAACCUUCUUGGUCACCACCUUUUCCACCUUCCACGCAGUUUUCUCUGCCUCCUUUGCAUUGUUCCCAUCACCUUGAUUUUCUCUGAGAGAGCUCAGGUUGUCCCCGAAGUAUGUGGCAGGGCCUGUCUGGCUUGUUGUGGGGUUAGCCAGCUUAAGAUAGAGCCGUGAGAUUACACAGGAACUCAGCUCUGUCCACGGAGCAGCCUGCUGGCGCCGGGACCUGUGACCAACAUCUCGUUUCAUCCACAAAAGAAGAAAAACGAGAGUAUGUGCCAAAAGGGAAGCCUAGGAAACCGUUCCACUUGCUCCUGUAUUUCUGACUCCUUUUCUAUCCAAAAUGUCCUCCUAGCUCUUUGGAAUCAAUCCAGAAUGCCAAACCCAGAGGCCGGGGAUCACCUUACACCCAGAGUAGUGACCCUGGGAGAGAAGAUAGAUGGGCCCUAGCCGCCUCCUUCAUGCUGGACUCAUCUUCGCAAGCACCAAAUAGGUUUAGUCUAGGAACGGACAAAUUACCAAGUAGGCAGGUUGUUUGGGAAGCCCCUAGGAAUAGGCCAGAAAACAUAGUUCCUAUAUUGUGUGUGUGCUGCCCGCUUCUUAGGAUCCUGAACAUUAUCUCCACUCAGUGCUGGUUUGAUGGUUAUCAUUGCCUGUUCAGGAAAGGGACCCACCCCCGCCAUGGACACGGUUAGAAAACUCUCUGGUCACCAUGCUCUCCCAAAGGCUGUCCCUGUAGCUGUCCUCUUUUCUCCCGUUUGUUCUUGAAAUAGGAAGACCUAGGGCUGCAGAAACUGAGUCUUGAAUUGAUACCCCUAAGUUGGCAAAUGCACCUUCAUUUACAAAUCUCACCAAAGCAGACUGCAAGUAUGCACCAAAACCUGCUUCGCUGCUUCUCUGGAUGUCUUUAGAGAUCAUGGGAGAGGUGGGGAAAGAAAGGUAGUGUCGGAGACAGUGCAAGAUACCGCAGAGAAGGUUCCAGUGAAGGGCACACUGGAGCCUUUCUAAACCCUGGGAUCAUUUCAGAGUCAUUUCGUGGGCAUACCUUUUGAUUCCCUCUGCCAACCAAAAUAGAAUAUGACAGUCUCCAGUCUUUUCUAUUUAAUAUCAAAAUGGCCCUUAUCUGUUCAAUGCACUAAAGGCUCUGAAGUCAGAGAUGUCUGAUUUUGGCUUUUACCUGGUAUCCUAGAAAGACAAGUGGUCGGUUGGUAAGGUUCAUAUUGGUGUAUAUUUGGUUUUCCUCUAACCCCCAUGUCAUGCUGAACUUAGUUCUGUGACCAAAGCUACAGAAACACAAGUUAUGUGGCAACAACAGAAAGAACUCUACACCACAGGGCACUCAGAUGAACUAUACAUUUCUUACGGUUUUCGCUUCUGCCAAACAAUGUAUGUUUUGAGAAAAGCUUUCCUCGCAGUAUGUAUGACGUAGACAAAAGAAAAUUCUCAGUGUCUCCUAGACAUAUGUGUCCCUUUAUUGUCCCGGGUAUGGAGUGCCAGUUCUCCGUGUGAUGUUCUCUUGCUCCAUCCCUCCUAUCAGCAGCAUCCCACCAACCAGACACAGCUUUGCCAGAGCCUUCUUGGCUCUUUCUCCGACAAUACCUAGAUCUCAGUAAUCCCAGAAUUCUGAGUUACAAGGAUACGGUUCGUGGAUCUGUCUAGGCCCUUGUUUAAGGCCGGCGAGGCUGGGUGGGGCAAAGAGGUGGCGAGAGCAUUGCCUGGUCUCUUGUCCUUUCAUGUGAUUAUUCAGUACAUACUGAUGGAGCUCUUCCCUGUGCUGGGUUAUAAGCCGCUAGUGAACGCUUUAGGGACUUGAGUGAAGGCAGAGGAAAUGGGCGUGAAAGAGAAAACAGCGGCUAUGGGGUCUCAUAUGGAAGCCCCUGCCCUAUAAACACCAAGUGUUGUUUUCCCAAAUUUAAAAGAAGCCCUAGCCUACGGUGGGCAGUCGAGAAACUACUCAGGCAUUGGGACUGUCUGUGACGGGAGGAGAAGGCCCCUCAGUUUCUGGGCCUUUGUUGGAGGGACUGCUAACUAAUCCUUGGGAAAUGAGAGAGACGAAGGCACACAUGCUGUUGCGUUGAGUGCCUGGGCAUGAAGUCGCACUGAGGUGUCACUCAAGGGAAGGUAGCAGCCACAGAGAUCGCCCCUUCUCCGUAGAGACGCUGGCUUUUAAAGUCCCGGAGUUCUUUCCAUGGCCCGAGACGAGAGGUGGGGGCUGGGAGGUCUGGCCCAGAGCGAAGUCAGCGCCCCCCUCAGCGGCAGCCCUGUGCCCUGGCCUCAGCUUCCCGAGCUGUUUCCUUUCUGAUUCUGAAGACUGGCGUCCACUGUCUUUGCAGAUAGGCUGCAGACGCUUUGCCCCCUCUCUCCUCGGCAGAUAAGCUCCCCAGAAAACAGGUUCUGACCGUUAGUGGCCUGAGCUUUUUGGAUUUCAGUUCAAAACCAGUGCAGAGCUGUUGCCAAGCGUCUUGAAGGCACAAGGACCUUUGGGGCUCUGGGGCCUGAGGGGAAGCAGAGCAGAGAGAGUAAUUAAUUGGUGGGGACCCCCUCCCCUCUGGGAGCCCCGAUUUCCUCUUUCACCCACAAACCCUCUCCUCCUUACCUCCCCGCGGCCGUACACACUCACUUCCUUUCUUUUCCAUCUAUUCUUCUUCCUCCUUGCCUCCUCUGGUCACCUCUUGACUCCAGCCGUGCACAGAGGCCAGGCCGAGCUUUCCUGGCACACUUGGGACUGAAGGGUGCGCCCAUCCAUUCCUCUGGUGGAGGCCCAAAGGGUGAAGAAGGUGUUGAAUGGCAGUGGGUGCGGGGAGUCUAAGCUCCAGACUGUGGGUGUUGACACAGCUCCGUGAACCAGAGAUUUCUAGCUGCUUCUCCCUCCCGUGCGUGAUGAGAUGGCCACCAUUGGCAUGGGACCCGAAAGAGGCCCAUUUCUGGGGCAGAAGUCUGAGACCUUAGCAUUGGACUCCCAAAAGAAGGACGAGGUAGCCCGCAGCAAGGCUCUCGGAAUUCAUUGACCCCUGGGAGGUAGGGGCACUGCUCCGGGCCUGCAGAGGGUCUGCUCGGUGCCAAAGGCUGGGGGCUUUCUAUUCCGAUUUAAAUGCUGACAUUGCAGAGGCUGCCCGCUCCCUGCCUACCCUGCCAGUCAGACUCCCCUUAGAGCCAAGAGUGCCCAAAACUAGGAGGAGGAGAAAGCAGCCCUCGGCCCUCUGUUCAGACUCCGACAGGGCUUAACACCAGCCUAGCAGACCACCCUAGAAGCAGGGGUGUAGAGUGACUGGCGGAGCCUGCUCACGGGGAUGGGGGCCCCGAAAGCCAGCGAUGUGCGGGAGCAGACUCAAACCCGUUCCCCAGAGGCAGUCCUUUCGGGCAUUUUGUGAGCCAGUUGGGAAACACAGCCAUUAUACUAAACAUUAGACUAUGUAAACUUACAAUAAUAAAUAUGCGAAAGUCAUCGCUUUCUAAUUAUUUUACCACACGUUAGCAUCACCCGUGUCCUUGGGGUGAUGGACACUGUGGUCUCUGGAUGGUAGAGAUGCUGUAGACUGUUGCACACAUCUUCCCAACUCCACAUUCAGUGACGUCACAUUCAUAGCUUGGAAUCAGCCGGUGGGGGUGGAGGGGAGGAUUUACACCGUGGAAAUCUACCAAGGCUGCCGAGCAGACUCUUCGCCCCGAAGCCCCGACCGCUGUGUGGCCUCCCACAGCACGGACCCAGGCCACACCAAAUUGAGUCCUGUAGGUUUGUGGGUCAGCAUCGCCCACGUGUCCGAGGGAAGGAAAGACUUAGCAAGCUCAACCUCACGUCAGUACACGAAGGGUUUCUUUCUGCAUUUGUAUUGACUCAGAACAGGACCCACCGUGCAGAGAAUCUGCCGCUUCCUAUGGGUAUUGCUCCUUCGGGGAGAAUGUACAGUAAGUUGACUAAUGUAUGCUGUGCGAACAAAAAUAAGCUCGUUUGAAGCUAUGAAGUGUCUCCCCUCCCACACCCAAGUAGGUGUCCAAGAAGGAAACUCCUUCCUUGCCCUUGACAUUCACCAGGCCUGCCUGGAUAGAACUGGACAGAUUUGCUUAAUCUCACUUCCACCACUGUUGUUAGACAUUUAUUGUGCCAAAUCCUAUGUCCUGAAUCAAACAGAAGAAAAAAGAAAUGUUCUUUCUUGAUACGUGCUUUUAUGACAUCUAAAAAGUGGUUAUGUAUCCUCGACCUGACCCGGGAACAUGUUGAAUAGAUCAUGUGUCCUUCACUGAUGUCUAGAUACUGUAAAUAAAGUCCUGCGAGGGCUUUUUUUCUUUCAGGUAAACCUCCAUUUUUGGACACAUGCUAAGCCCACCAUCCACUCUCCUUUGCAGUGAGAUCUUGGCAGGGGUCCCGUCCUUGGUUUUGGCGUUCGGUUGUUUUGUUUUGUUCUGUCUUGUUCCUUUCCUGUUUUCACUGCUCUGUAAGACCUCCUGCUGUGAAUGUUCUAGUUACCCCACUUGUACUGUAUAUAUGUGCUGCAUGUGUGAACCCCAAUAAAUUCUGUUUCAGGUUUCUGGAGUUUCCAUCUUCCCUACAGCUGGUCCUAUUGUGAACUCAUCUUUCUGGUAUGCUCCUCUGUGUCUGAUUCCCGAUAGCCAAAAUGUUUGACCAAGUAUGUUUUAACAAAUGUCCCGAGACAUCCAUGCGUAUCCUUGUGAACGGGCAUGCUCCGUGUGGGAUGACUCGUGUACAGCAUAAAUCUAUCAGAUGUGGAAGUGUGCAUACAUUUACUUGCCAGAUACCUAACACUCAUGUAACAGCUGCAAAGAUAUUUAAUGUACAUCGGAUUAUUAAUAAAAGAGCAUUUUUUGCUCCAUUAUAUUCAAAUAAAGAUUGCCGUGCGACUGA